AUGACAGAAUAUUUACGACAAAGGAACGAAAAUUCGGCCAGUGUCUUCGCUUCGGUGUUCGCUGUAGGUGAAACACACGCGUUCGCCUUACCGUCAAGUAUGCGUCCUCAAUGGAGUCAUAAACGACCAAUAAAAAUUCUGGUGCAAUCCGACGCCUAUGAUUGGUCAGAAAGCACGUCACCGCAGAAGACGUUUGGAGGUAGGGUCGGUCGGUAUCGAUCGCAUAUUGAAACAAAGCCGUGGAUUGUUUUGGCGGCGUGGAGACCGGUGCAGCUUGAGGGCUACAAUGGUGUGUGCGCGUGCGGGGCUGCGGGGGGCGGGCGCGGGCAGCCGGCGCGCAUGGCGGCGCCAAUGAGGGAGGGCGCGCCGGCCGGCGGAGCUCGCCCCGCGCCCCACGCGCACCCCGCCAACUUCGAGUACGAUGACAACGAGUGGGACAUCGGCAUCGGCGACCUCAUCAUAGACCUCGAUGCCGACAUAGAGAAGACCGACGAGGCGGGCGGCAUGGCGGCGCGCGCCGAACCGGACGCGCAGCGCACCGCGCUCAAGAUGAAGAUCAAGCGCACCAAGCCCGGCACUAAGAGCUCGGAGGCCAAGCACGAGAUCGUCAAGUCGAACGAGAUGAACGGCGAACCCAAACCGCAGUCCGCUGCCGCGGCCGCCGCGUCGCCCGCCGCCAAGCGCGGCUCGGGUGGCCACCGCCGCGACAAGGCGCGCGACAAGCACCACCACCCGCACCCGCCGCACGACGUCAACGGCGUGGCGCGCGUGCCGCCGCCGCCCAACGCGCCCGGCCCGCCCGCGACCGCACCCGCGGCGCCGCUGCCGCCCGCGUCUGCGCCGCAUGCGCCGCAUGCGCCUCACGCUCCGCACGCGCCCCACGCGCCUCACGCGACGCACGCCGCGCCCGCGCAACCCAAACCCGACACCCGACCUGCCGCGCCGCGACUCGAAACCAAGCCCGCGACGCCGCCCGCGCCCGCGCCUUCUGCGCCUGCGCCCGCGCUUCCGCCGCCCCCGGCGCCCGCGCCCACCCCGCCCGCCAAGCCCGAGCCAGACGACUCGCGGCAGGAACACAAUGCGCAACCCCCUACGAAGAAACAAAAAACGGACACCAAGGAGACAGCCGAAGUAUGCGUCGGCACUUCGGUGGGAACGAUCACUGAGCCAGACUGCCUCGGGCCAUGCGAGCCUGGUACCUCGGUCACGCUGGAGGGCAUCGUGUGGCACGAAACGGAAGGUGGUGUGUUGGUGGUGAACGUGACGUGGCGAGGGAAGACCUACGUCGGAACCUUACUGGACUGCACGAGACACGACUGGGCGCCACCCCGAUUUUGUGACUCUCCGACGGAGGAGUUGGAUUCAAGGACGCCUAAGGGUCGCGCGAAACGUGGUCGUGGCGCAGCGCCCACUGACAUGACAAACUUUACUGAAACGCGCUCCUCAGUGCACAGCAAACUGCGCAACGGUGGUGCCAAGGGCCGAAGAGCCUUGCCAUCCCCAACGCCCUUCACUCCCCCCAAACCGGACUCUAAGAGGAAACGGAACUCUGACGCGGAGGAACGCCCGCCGACGCCUAAAGCGAAACGCCCCCCACCUACCCCAUCAUCUCCACCACCUGAUCCUGUUUUACUCGAAUGCCCGGAGCCGAAUUGUAACAAGAAGUACAAACACGCGAACGGGCUGAAGUACCACAGGUCGCAUGCCCACGGUUCACCGGAUGAAGAAGAUAAAGAUGGCUCUAGUUCCGAGCAAGAGGAACCUACUGUCGAACCGGCGUCACCAGCGCAAACUCCUUCCGAACCAGCUACACCAGCGACCCCUGUGAAGUCUCCCACGCCAACGAAAUCUCCGGAAGAGAAGAGUGAUAAAUCUCCGGAAAAGUCUCCUGAAAAGCCUGAGGUGGUGGAGUCCCCGCCCCAGCCGAGGUUUGAGGAGUUCGCAACGACACCUGAGCCUCCACCGCAAGUUGAGCGGCCGGUGACCCCGCCUGCAACUACUCCGCCGCCUGAAUCCUUGCCCACGUUACAGCUUUCUACGCAAUUAACACAAUUCAAGGUUAAACCAAGAUCAGCUUUAAUGCCAUCAGAAGAGCGUAAGUCAACUGAGUCACCACCAGACGGGUCGCCGGGCAAACGGCGGGCGCGAAGGUCACCUACCCCAGGCGUGCGUUCCCCCGCCUACUCUGACAUAUCCGAUGAUGCCGCACCCACUGAGGGCACACCUGAGGCUGAGGCUGGCCAUCGACCCUUCCCAGUGUAUCAUCAGUACUACGGGCAGCCACCGUACUUACCACCGACGCAUACCACCAGCGCACCUCCUCCUCCAGACAAGGGCAAGGAAGACCUUUCUAAAGGAGACCCUAAAGGCGAUCUUAAGAUUCGCGAUUUUCCGGAUUAUCGCCAGCAACAACCGAACACAGAUGGCAAACAAGAUGGCGGUCCGCAGAAGGUUCUACCGCCGCACUUCUACCCUUACAAUUACGUUCCAAAUUUUCCCUACAACGUGGAAUCUGGGCCACCCCCUGGGCCGCCCCUAGAUGACAAAUCGAAGGAGUCAGACCGUUCCAAAACUACGCCAAGCCCGCUCGAUAAAAGCAAACAACAGAGGCCGUCUGAUGGAAAGGACCCCACGAGACCGAACGAAAACCAUCAGAUCUUGAAAGAGAGUAUAGAAAUGAAAGCCCAAAUGGGGCCGUACUCCUUCCAGAGACCUCCGCAUGCGAGAGAAGAGGAAUUGAGGAGAUAUUAUAUGAGUAUCGAGCAGCGUCGCAAGGAAGGCGGCGAGGGUAAGCCUGUGGGAGCGCCGCCGGGCCCUCCCGGACAAGGGGGCCCGCCUCGCCCCCAACCCGCCCACAAGCCCAAAGACAAGGAUGACAAGCCUAAAGAGGAGGUCAAGGUGAAACAGGAGGGCCAGAAGCCAACGACGGAAACUCAAGGGCCUCCGCCGCCGCCGACCUCCCAAUACUACCUGCCACCAUACAUGCAACCACCGCACUAUGGGGGCUUGCCUUUCGACCCCGUGUACCGAGCACCCCUGAGUCCCAUGCUCGUCGGGGGCUUCGGUGGCGGCUGGACGGUGCCAAGGUAUCAUGCGCCCGAGGAUCUUUCGCGUCCGGGCGCGCCCGCUAAGCUGGAACUCUUACCACCUGGGCACGGAGCGCAGUACGCCUACGGCCCGCACUCCGCUCCCCACAAGAUACACGAGCUGCAGGAACACGCCAAGUCUCCACAGGGAAAGCCACCACGCCCUGAGCCGCCGAAAGAGUCUCCCCGGUCGCCGCCCCCCCAACGCCACGUGCACACACACCAUCACACGCACGUCGGGCUCGGAUACCCGCUGUACCCGCCGCCUUAUCCUGCGGCGGCCGUACUAGCUAGCACGCAGGCGGUUGUCAACUCCUUCCCGACGCCACCCAAGUGAGGAAAUCCUGACGCAUAGUACAGGAGCCGGCGAUAACUUCUCAUCGAACAUUCGUUCGAUUAACGACACAUCAAUAAAGUGACCAUGGCGUUGACCAUUGCGUCACUUCACAAAAUGAUUUCGAUAACAUUUAUCGAAAAGGAUUAAACAUGGAUACGACCAAAAAAAACUAUUCCCGUUGUGAUAGUGAAAUUAACUGUAUGUGUUUCGCUUAAAUCUAUGCCAGUAGCCAUUAAAAACUGUGAUCUCGCGUGAACCAUGUGUAAGUGAUGUGCGCUUUGAAUGUUUUAGUAUGUGAACUAAUAGUUACCUGAGUUUUAGUUGGACUGUUGUGGUGUUGAUGAACUUCCAAAAUGGAUGUUGAGAAAAUGUAAGCGUUGGGUGAUGGACAAUUAAGGACUGCGUGCACCAACGUUAAGUUUUAAUUUAACUAGUGAAAGCACAAACUAGUUCUGUAAAUAUUAGUGUUAUCUGUAAAUUGCCCUACUAUUUUUAGUGUUCUGUUGAUCAAAAGUGUAAUAUAAAGCAUUGAACUAUCUCAUUCUUCCUCCGGGCAUUGUACUGAUGUUUGAAGCCCCGUAAAAUUAUACCGAAUUCAGUGUGUACUAGAUCUUUAUUUAUGAAAAGUGCAUUCCACAAACAAAAUCAAGCGUACCUAGUUUUAAUGUUAAGAUUAAUUGAUAUUUAGAUAAUAUAGUGUAAGUUUAAAGGCGACAAUGUGAUCAUUGUAACAAUAUUAGAGUGUGAGAUGGGGAAGAGAUAUCCUAUUGCGUAAAAUAAAAUAGUGAUUGCAGUAUUUCUAUUAGCGUAGACUAACAAAGAACCUUUAUACCACAUGACUGAACAUAAAACGCUUAAAUUAGGAUAAUAAUUGUUUCUGAAACGAUUUCAUUAACAUACAUAUAUUUUAGUUCAGCCAGAAUGUAAUCCUCUUUUAAGACUAAUAUUUUUGUUCCACCUGCAUAUGUCCUAAUAUUUAUGGAGAAUUGUUAGUCUAAGCGUUAUAGAAACGCAAUAUAAUUAUGGCACGGGCGCAUAUUAUUAUGUAUGUGCCACUAAACUCCACACGACGCCACCAACUUGUAGCAUUUUGUAUGCACAGACACACGUCACGUUCGGUCUUGGUAAUAUGUUUCUAAGCAUACAAAUUACUAACAUUUCAUAAGACUCAACACGCGUGGCGUCACGUGGGGUGAAAGUGCGUGGCCAAUAUGUUCGAAAAAUUGAUCCUCAUGUAUUCACACCAUAGGUAAUCCUUAGGCCGCCUCUGGGACUAAUAUGUGUAGAAUGCACAAAUCGUUUUGUCUCGAUGAUAGUGAGAAGCGAAUAUUUAUAAUGUAGAGAGCAACCUAUAGAAUCGUGGAGUGUUUUGAAUAUCGCUGUGCGUAUGUAUGUUCGGCUUUUAAACGAUAAAUGUAUAAAAUCUCAUCAAAAUACAAGGGAUUAGAUUUUCCGUACCUUCCGUACUGCACCGUAGUUUAAGGGGCUGCAUUUUUAAAUGUGUGUAAAUGUUCUGUAUUGUUUUUUUAACUACUCUGACUGUAUUAGAUGUUGAUUUUAGCGAAAUGUCUUCCGGUCGUGAUUGUUGAACGACUGAUGUUAUGUUGAGUUUGCAUUUCGAUGUUUCCUGUAAUAUUAGAUGGAUCUCUGGAACGUUGACCGGGUUGAUUGACCGUUCGUCUUCGUCCUUGCACAUGGACUUAACUACUGAUUGGUUUACGUUUCGAUAAAAGUACGUAAUCAAAAUAAUUGUUUUCUGUUUAUAAAUAUAAAAAGUUACAAGAAUUGCAAAAUUAUCUUUUUUUGUUCAUGAAUACUAUUGUAAGGGAAAAUAAAAAAAAAAGAUUUUUCCAUUGAUAAUUUAUUUUUUGUUCAAGAGCGAUUGAGAGAAUUGUAUAUUUUCUGUUACAAAAAAGAUAUUAACAAUAUUAAAAUUUUGUUACUUAAAAAUAUUACCAUAAAUUAAACAUUAGUUUUAGUUUAAUAGCAAUUUUUGUUUUAAAAUAAUACAUAAAGAUCCAUGUGUAUCUUAGUGACAUUUAAAUCUUAACUGCCCGUGAUUCCCAUUAUAUGACAUCAAACUUGACGUUUCUUUAAUUAAGAGGUUGACGUCAUAAAAGGCCCUGAUCAUUGCUCUAGUGUCAGCACAUAAGUGUUAAUGUAUUUUAAGUAUAUAAUUACCCAAGUGUAUUUAUAGAUGAAAGGAACAUGUCGAUUGAACGCAUUUUCAACAUAGGUAGUAUACCUCUAGAGUUGAGUUCACAAUUAUUGUGCUCUUUCAUCUUGUGUCAGAACUGAACAAUUUAAAAGUAAAUACAUCCUUCAAUUUUUGAAUAGUGAGGUUAAUAAUUCAGUUUAACUUAUAAGUAAAGAAAUUUUGCAAAUAAACUCCACUUGCAAUAGUCCCUCUAUAAACUUUAACCUGUUAGACAUAUCUUUUUAACACCCCGAUUUCUGCAAGCCCUUAUGCUUAACUUUAGGUAGACCUUCUGUGCGUGCACCACUCCCCUGACGUUGAAUCCAGGUCAUAAAAUUCGGUAUUUUUUCGGACAGUUUAAAUUUUGAUAAGACCUGGACUUUUUUCGUAAAAAAGUUUGCUUUAACUGUUUAUUAUUUGGCCACAGUAUCAGGGAAUUAAAUCCAGAAACCGGUUUAUAGACUGCUUCCCUGUGUAAACUUCGGCCGGGUUGAUUGACCGUUCGCGUUCGACCUUGCACUCAGCAAUGCGGCAGGGUGGGGGUGUUGAAAGAGAUACAAAUUCAUCCCCAUGUACAAGCGCAAGAAACCGGUUAAAGAGCGAUAUAUUAUUCCCAAAUUUGCUCAAAAGAAAUCGAUUUAAAACACACAAACACUAAGUGCACCAGAUUUUGGUUAUCGUGCCUACGGACGUACUCCCUGUACUUGUCUAUUGUUAUUGUUUUUCAGAAUCUUUCGCUUCACAGAUAAUAUAGAUAGGUCGUUAUUUGACAGUUCAAAAAAAGAUGAACGCGCACGAUUGUGGACACACCUUAGAACGCAUAAGUGACAAAUAUAUGUAGUGAUUCACUGUUCUUUAACGUUACUCCAUGUACGUGUGUACCUGUUUCAUAAAUUACCCAAUAAAUGUGUAAGAAGUGGGGCCUAAAUUUCCUUUUUUUUUACUCUGUAAAAUUAUUGAAGCCUUGAUUCCUUUUUUCGUUUAAUUGCGUGUCGCAUUAGUCACUGUUUGCAGGGCCUACUAUUCACAGUAUUACUGUUAGACGGUUUAAGUUGUGCUCUAGAGGCCUAGAACCUAGAGCAGCGAAGCCAGUAAAACAAAAAAUAACUCAGAGAAACCUUAUUGGUUAAGAAAUUCAAGACUCAACUCACUCGCUGCAUUUUGUGAAUGUUUGUUGGAUACUCGACGAAAGCCUUUGAUUAUUUACUCCAAUUCAAAAACAAAAGGUUAUAUGAAGAGGUGGCAACAAAUUAAAAAUGAAAAAAUAAAAUAUCCAUUAGUCGGUUUUUAAAAGUAGGACGAGUCUAUCAAAACCAAGUUAGCAUUAAUUAACUACGUCGAUAGUAGGCCUGUACUGGAUUUUUUAACAAAAAGAUUCAAAAGAUCUAGAUUUAAAUUGAGGGUUGAUUUGGCGCUAGUGGUUUGGACUUCAUACAACUUGUUCAAAUUAUCCGCUUUCUGAUCCUACAUCAUUAGAAAUUUAUUAAUUUAAAUGUGUAUUUUUUCAAACUAGCGACAAAUUGGCCCCGCGUCUUAUUAAAAUCAUAGAAUAUGGACUAUUUUUGAAUGUUUUCUUGAAAAAAAAAAAAGCUGUAUGAUUGUAACAUAAAAAAAAAAUAUAUCUUUUCGCCAUACUAAAGUUCUAAUUUUUAAAUGUCAAUAAAGUUUUCAGAGUAAACUAUGUACUUAUCUAAAAGUUUAUUAGGUCAUACAAAAAGCAUGGCACUUGAAUAAAAAGUAUCUUUAUCGGUAUUAAAAGUUGGUAAUACUAAUUGAGUUGGAAACAUAAAACUUCUUUGAGCGUGGUAAAUUGAUAAAAAUAAUUGUUAUUUUUGUAAUUAUUUCUGCAUGAGUUCUUUAUACAGUUUUUUGCUAUGUAAAGGACUGCAAACUUAAGGUACGUUUAAGAUACUAAUUAGAGAGACAAAAGACUCGUCGCUUUUAUAAUUCUGAAAUAGAAAGGUGGAAAAAAAUGUUUUCUUAUAAUAUUUUGGAGUUUUUGCAUAAUCCGAAGUCGAUUUUAUUCCCUCAUUCUAUUCAACAGAUUUUUUCACCAUUCAAAUCUUAAUUAUGCACGCAAUACUUGCGUGAUGUAAGUUUGACGCCUCUCAGGACUUACAAUCACAAAAUGUGGUUAAGCAUGUGCGUCUAGGAUCAGAGGCCUAUCGCUUUAAACAGUAAUAUUAAGAUGAUAGUUUAUUAGGCAUAACUUGACGUCUUAAAAGUAAGGAUUAUAAUUCGGUAACAAAACUUCAACAAUAUAAAAAUAAUACUGCUUCAAGCGAUGGUAUAGUCAGGCACAAAGUUCCAGUGUCUUCAUAGUCAAAAUUGUUAUGAGAUUAAUUUUACAGUUCCAAGAAAAAAAACGUGAACAAACUCUCUAUUGUCUCUAUAGUACUGUUGUCAUUAAACGUACCGUGUAAUAAAUAGCCUAUUUUGUAUGAAUGUAAUGAGAACAUGAUGACAUGAUCUCGUACGGCACUCGUGCAUUGACAAAUAGACUGAUGAUUACUUUAUAGCGCGUAGUGCUUUGUGCAAGCUUUCAACGUAACAACAACUUCGUUAAUCUGCCAAGGGAGAAUGGUCAUUUGGGAUCCAGGCUUAAAACGAAAGGGACCUAUCUCACAUUUGUCAUAUUUAAGUUUAGCCAAAAAUAUAAAUAUGUCAGGAUUUAUAUAUUUUAUAUUUAGUAAAAGUGGCUGGUUGAAUAUAAAUUGUGAUUUUCUGCAGGCGCAGUACUAAAAAGCUUAUUGCCUCCUAUCCAUGAUGAUUUCCCAAUUUGGAAGGGCAUUUCUAGUGGAAGCAUAUGAAAAUGACUUUUUAAUUCUUCGACUAAAAAAAAUAAAUAGGCAAUAUAUGUAAGCUACUGUUAGUAAAUAUUAAAAAAAUAGCAAAAAGAACCCAACAUAGGUCUCUUUCAUGUCAGGUCUUCUUUAUAUAUUCUAUUUUGCUGUAGGAAGAUAACUAUCAGGAGUCCAGAUUAAGGUUUACUUGAAAGCUUACAUUAAAGGCCCAGAAAUUGUCUGGUGAGGUCACUAAUGUUGGUUUACUGUCUGAUUAACUAUUAGCCAAGAUUAUAUGUAACAUUAUUUUCACACUACACACAAAAAAAGACUAACUGUUGUUUCAAAUUAGGUCAUUUGGAUUCAAAAUACUCUGCAUUAUUUUUUAUCAUUCUUAUUAAUGUUUUAAAACAUAUUGUUUUGAUUAAUUAUUUAGGCAUUGCUAUUUGAUCUUGAUCAAUUCGUAAAGAAUUUUUUUUACUAAAAAUGUAUGACUGUAAUCACACACUUGGUAUAUGUACUUCGUUCAGAACGAACUGUUCAAUAACUUGAACAAUAACAGAAAGGUCAUGCUUGGCUGAAAAAAAUUACGUCAUUAUUUUUACCAUGAAAAAAAAAGUGAAUUUCUCAAAUAAUUUUUCUCAAUACCAAAUAAAUGUUUUUUUUUUGUAUUAAUAACAAUUAAUCUAUAGAAUUAAGAUUCGUUAUUAUACAACCUUGCAUAGUAAAUCCUUCAAAGGUAACCCCAUCAGGCAGUCUGUGACGCUUAAUUAAAAACGCGGCGCGUUUUCGCCACUCAUUACGCUUUCAUUAUUUUAUAGUUAUUGUACCAGUGACUUGGUAAACAACAUAAUGUUGUACUAUAAUGUAUCAAUAUAUCAUUUGUGUAUUU